GGUUUUUUAAGAAUCGAUCAAUUGAUUCCUGAUAGAUGGACGGGAUGCACCCAUAUCACCAGCAAUGGGCUCCAGCCCCACCUCCCGCCGCGGCGCCACCACCUCCUCCUCCACAUCUUCACGCUCUUCCUCAGCCUUCACCAAUGCCUCUCAACGACCCUAAUAAUCUCAUUGGAGACGAGGUGCGAACUGUAUUCAUCUCUGGGCUGCCGGAGGACGUGAAGGAGAGGGAGCUCCAGAACCUUCUUAGGUGGCUACCAGGUUAUGAAGCAUCUCAGGUCAACUUCAAAGGCGAGCACCCCAUGGGUUUCGCGCUGUUCUCCAAUCAUCAGUUUGCCAUUGCAGCCAAGGAUGCCCUUCAGGAUAUGGUUUUCGACACAGAGUCAAAAUCUGUACUUCACACUGAGAUGGCAAAGAAGAAUUUGUUUGUCAAAAGAGGAAUUGUUACCGAUUCAAAUGCUUAUGACCAGAGCAAACGGAUGCGGACUGGUGGUGAUUAUACGCAUACUGGGUACGCCAGCCCAUCUCCUUUUCACCCUCCUCCUGCACCUGUUUGGGGCCCACAAGCGUACAUGGCCCCACCACCUCAACCAUAUGAUCCAUACGUUGGUUACCAUGUUCAGCCUGUUCCAAUGCCUGUUCCUGCUCCUAUACAUGCUUCACCAAGCAGCUAUGUGCCUGUCCAGAAUAUGAAAGACAACCCUCCUUGCAAUACACUUUUCAUCGGAAAUCUUGGAGAGAACAUAAAUGAGGAAGAGUUGAGGGGCCUUUUCACUGUUCAACCUGGUUAUAAGCAGAUGAAGGUAUUGAGACAAGACAGGCAUACUGUAUGUUUCAUUGAGUUUGAAGAUGUGCCGAGUGCUACCAAUGUGCACCAGACUUUGCAGGGUGCUGUUAUACCUAGUUCUGGUUCAGUUGGCAUGCGAAUUCAAUAUUCAAAGAAUCCAUUUGGGAAAAGGAGGGAUUUCAACAACAUGUCCCCUGCCCCUGCACCUGGCCCAACUCCUGUUUCUGUUCCUGCUCCUGCUUCUGAUGCUGCAAAUGGAGCUCCACCGGUGACAUACCAGUAGCUGGAAGAAGGGGAUGUAUUCUGUUCUCUAUGUUAUGACAAAUACAAAUCCUUACAUGAUAGGAUGCAUCAUGCCAGCUGUUUCAUGUCAUCAAGUCAUCAUCAGCAUUAACAUCUCUUCUUAUGUGUGUCAAUGAAUGCAAACCGUGGCAUCAUCAUUAGCAUAUCAUAGUUUAUUAUCCAGAGCAUGCAUUUGAAGCAGGGGCAUCACGAGAAAAAGCUAAUGCAUGGGGUUAAUGUUCUUUUUGUUAGAUAUAAGCAAGGGCACAUGUAAUUUGUAGCGUAGUAAUUGUGUGCUUUGACUUUUCACUUUGCCAUUAAUACCCUAAGUUGUCAUGGAUGUUGCUUUUUCUAUACUCUCAUAACAUUUGUUAUUGUCCAUUUUCUGGUUUAAUCAGACAACUAGCUAACUUUCCAUCCCAUAAUGCCCUUGAAAUGACUCCCACUGAAAAAUCAUUUGCACAUCAUGACACAAAUUGAAUAGACAUCUACACUGAUUUUGUUUACUAAUAGGGUUUUGCUAUUACAAUCUACACGAUCAUGAUUAACAUAUUUCUAGAAAUCUACAUCAUGGUCAUGAUCUACAAUGGAGUUUUUCAUUUCUACCGUUAUUAGAUUUCAAUAAUGGGAUCAUUUCUACUCUCACCUCAUUGGUUCAGUUUAAUAACACACCAAUGUCCAGGUUCUCAAAUCACAGUGAUGGAGAGAAUCUCCAACCCAUGUUCUUUUUGCAGGUUUUGUUUACAAAGUUAUGGGACAUCAAGCCAAGCCAGCAAUGCAAAGUCUUCAAUCAGGUAUAUUAAAUUUCUCCGUGUGUGCGAUGGGGGGAUUGGCAUUAUAACAUGGAGCCUUGCUAAAUUGCCGGCUCUCAUUGGGCUCUUUAAGCAAGAGAGUGCUCCAAUUAUUUUGGGACGGGGGUGUUGAGACAUACUCCUUAAAGUGUGUAUUUAUUUUCAAGGUAAAGAUUUUCCCACUGCAGUGUACCUUCCAUUACUAAAUUUGUUCUCUAUACUUUUUGUCAAUUUCCUCCUGUCAAUUACUUACAUCAGAAGUAAUUACUGGAACCAAACUUAAUUUGGGAUUAGCAUUUACUGUUUCUCCCGCGUGUUUUAAAAUUCUCAUCAGCCACAUUGAGUCUAGUGUGAUUAUGAUAGCAGAUAGUAGGGGCUUUCUGCUGAAUUUAUAUACAAGUGACAAGUUGUGUUUCUUGUAGUGUAAUUUACACUUCGAAGGUAAAAAUAUUAGAAAUUCAAUUUUAAGAAAGUUUCUGAUGGGGUAUAUUAUGCCUUGACAGUGCAAAAAUGAUAUUUCCUCCACUAUGUAUCUCAAAAACCACAACUAUAAAUGUCAUAAAACAAAACUGAACAGGUUAAGAUAUAGAUGGUUCGAGUUGUGUCUACGGUCUACCCUUGAAAGGUACAACAUUGUAUCUUGUGAUUUAAGUUUAUACAAAGUAUAAGAUCACUUUUUUGUUUAUACUGCAUAGUGAUGCAUCCCAACUUUAGUGUAGUCUGGACCCAGUUCCACAACUGGGCAGGUAAAAGACUGAACUGGCGCCCAUGUUUGGUGUGUAAACAGUUGUAGUUCCUCCAUUAUUUAUUUUUUAUUUUUUAUUUUUUGAAAAAGUAAGCUAUAGCUAGAACCUACUUGGAACCGGAUUAUUGGUUUUAUCCUAGUAAUCCUACCUUGGCAGGUUUCAUUAUUGCGAUUAUUAUUACUGCUAAGUGCAAGUAUGUAACAUAAUAAUCAUUGCAUACAACAUUCGUUUGGUAACUUCUAUUUUCAGCUUAAUAGUCCUUUGACAUGUAAUUUUUGACUUUAAGCGUUGAACUGUGAAAUAAUCAAAAUAAAUAAGUGAGUUGAAGUUAUUUUUCUGGUUGAAUUGGUUGAGGUUUGUUGAAUUAUUUGUUUUUCAUGAACUUUUUCUUUGUUUUAUUAAUAGUAUAAUGCGCAUACUUUAAUUUUUUUUCUUAUUUCAACAUAUUCAAACGUCACUUAAGUCAGAAUUUUAUAAAUUUAAGCAUAUUUUAGUGAUUCAGCCAAUUCUAGUGUUAAUUCUAGUGUUAAAAACGUCGCUUCUCAUUUUUACUCAUUCACAUUCCAAUUAUGAUACAAAGUGAAUGAAGUGAUCCAUUGGGUUUGUUAUUUUUUAAUUCUAAAAUAAAAAGGAUGAUCAAAAGCAUGGACACAGCAUUAGAAAUUCCAAACAAUUGCUUGUUAUUAAAUAUUAACAAUGGGAAUGAUGCCAAGUUUUCAUAAGACGAUCCGUAAUCUUCAGCAUUGGGAAUUUGGAACUGCCAAUCUGGUGGCAUUUGUAAGGGAGAGCACACCCCCACAGCCCCACUUUGGACACGUGGAGCUUGGAUGAACUGUAUCUAAGUUUAAGCUGUGAUUAUAUUGUAUUCCCGAUUGAUUUAUACCAUGUAUUAAAAAAAGGACAAAACUUCAUUCUUGAAGGGCCCCCUCACCACUGUCUAGACAAUUAAUUAGAAGGAUGUAACUAUGAUUUUAAUUACAAGUUAGAGAUAGAGUGAUGGUUUUGCUCAAGUAGUCAAGUACUUGUAGAGUUGCAGAGAGUACUCAAUGUCUCUAUGUGGUUAUUGAAUUUCGUAUGGCUUAAACGACUAUGUAAAUAGUUUGCUUCACAUAUUAAGAAAAUAAAUUUACUGAGGAAUAGAUUUUACUAUUGUGACACUA